AUGAGACGCUGGUUCCGCCAGUUGUUCGCCCUAUGCAGAAAGAACAUCAUCGUAUUAUCAAACCACUAUAUUCUCAAUCUCUUUCGAUGUGUUGUCCUGCCAGUCUUGUUCGCUCUCUUCUUGGCAAAUGCACCCGGCAUAUUCACUCCCAACAACAAGCUCGGCCUCGGCACCGCUGUCCCCGUCUACAAACUCGCAGAAAUAUUCGAUCCAAAAAGCAAGAUUGUCUAUGUCGACGCGACCAACGGAACAGACUCGUUGGCUGUCCUGGCCAUCAUGACCGUCCUCACUCGCAACUUUUCCCAAGCCCAAAAGGACGCCGUCAUCCGUCUCGAGUCCGAAGCUGAGAUCGCCACCGCGUGUCCCCACAGCUUUCAGAUCGUGUCCAACUGCUAUGGAGCCAUCGUAUUCAAGUCUGCAAACCUCAAGAACCCCAUACAGUACACUCUCAGAGCCGAUAUGGGGAGACUCGAUGUCGAUGUUGAGCACCAUACGAGCGACGCCGAGACUAUCACUUUGCCUUUGCAAUGGGCUGUCGAUAGCGCCAUCAUUGAGCUUAUUUCUGGCAUCUCUGUCGAUCCUCCCAAUCAACAGCCGUUUACAAAGAUGACCAACGAGGCGACCAAACAAAAGACUCGAAGGAGCUUUCUGAACAGUAUACGCGAACUCGUCGUUCUCGCCUUUUUUGCAGGCCAAAUGGGUGUUGUCUAUCAUAUGGCCGGUGAAGUCAUGUUCGAACGCGCCGCCACGCUUACAAGCCAUCUCACGGCAAUGGGGUGUAUGGCCUCUGCCCGUAUCCUAUCGUGGCACAUGUGCAUCUCGGGCGCAUACCUUCCAUCGUGGAUCGCAGCCGCCCUUCUCUGGCACUGGUCCAUCUUUACACAUACCCCACUCGGCCUAUUCAUCGGUAUUCAUCUCAUCACCGGUUUCUCCCUCGCCAGUUGGGCUCUCUUGGUCGCACAGCCAUUCUACAAGAGUCCGCAGCUGGCGGCGAUUGCGUGUUCGGUCUUGGCUGUCGUUCUUGGUAUUCUGGCCUUGUUGUUUGGAGGGACGUGGAUUGCGGCUGUGGUCUAUGUUGUUAUUUGUCCGCCUGGAUUCUAUGUGUUUGCUCUGAAGAGUCUUGCCGCAUGGGAACUGGCAGAUCAUCCCGUCGAGUUGUUCAAACCCGACACGGAUGGCUUCAUGUUUGGCCCACCGCUCAUUGCAGCAGGGGUGACAAUUUUCCUAUUCCCCCUCCUCGCCCUCUGGCUCGAAUCCCAUCUCCACAGCGUCCAGCCACCAGACAACACUCGAGCCCGCGCCCAGUUCCGUAAAGCCCAUCGUCCAGGCUCGGUCUGGGCCAACGCAGCCGUCUCGAUCCGAGGCCUGCACAAGACCUACUCCAACGGCGUGUUCAAAAAGCGCACCCACACGGCCAUCGAGCAUCUAGACCUCGACAUCCCGCCCUCGGGCAUCCACGUCUUUUGCGGCCGCAACGGGAGCGGCAAGACCACUCUGCUGAGGAUCAUUGCGGGUUUAGAAAGCGCGAGCGAAGGGGAAGUCGUAUAUGCCGACGGAAUGCCCAGGCCUGCUGCGGGAGACCUCGGGAUCGUGCCCCAGAAGAACGUCCUGUGGAAUGAACUGACGUGUGCGCAGCACUUGACGCUUUGGGGUGCGCUGAAGCGCCCGAGCGGGGCGCCUUCGGAAGAGGUUGGCGAGUUGUUGCAGGAGUGUGGGUUGUUGGCUAAGAAGCAUGCUGCUGCUGGGAGUCUGAGCGGUGGACAGAAGCGGAGGUUGCAGUUGGCGAUUGGGCUGGUCGGGGGCAGUCAGUUGGUUUUGAUCGACGAGGCCACGCGUGGACCCGAUCUCGCGACGCGCGAUAUGGCGGGCUCUGGUUCAAGCCCGGUCCGGCGGACUAUCAUCUACACCACCCACUUUCUGGACGAAGCAGACUUGCUCGCGGAUCACGUAUCCAUCAUGACCGCCCCCGGACGCAUCGUCGCGCGCGGCUCGCCCGUGAUGCUCAAGACCGGCCAUUCGCAGGGGUACGUCGUCACAUGCACAUUCGACAACUCGACCCAGCAGAGUCUCGACGCGCGACGACACCAGCCGGUCUUGAUCGCCGUACGACGACACGCUCCCUCUGCGGUCAUGCUCAACGGCGGACAAGAGGACGACGGGAUCAGUUUGCGCACGCAUAAUCCGCGGGUUGUGAGUCAAGUUCUGAGGCUGCUCGAGCGGGACAAGCGGAGACUUGGACUGAGGAGCUUUGAUAUUCGCGCGACGACGCUCAGCGAUGUGUUUUUGAAGUUGAUGGGCGAGGAUGGCUCGGAUGGGCUCGAAAAGGCGUAUCCUCCUUUACCUCUUACCGGGUACGGGUCUCCUCUCACCGGAGUAGGGUACACGUCCCCCCAGAUUUACUCCCCUACACGAACGGCGGUGGAUCAAGAAUUGGAAGAUUUAUCAUACGCGCCGUCCACGUUCCGAGCGUCCAUGUCCCAGCUUAGCGAACCUUCGGAAUACAGCCAUACGACGCACGCUCCGAGACGGCUGAGGCGGAAAGACACCUCCGAGGCGCGAGACCACAUGUCGAGUCGGAUGAGCCAUUCGUUGCUCGCUAUACCCGAGGCACAGUACCGCUCCUCGCAUUUAGCGAGCCGGGAGUCGCACGCCACGAGCUCGGACUGGUACGCGAUGGACCGGCCGAUCUCGAUGGCCCCGCACGAAGCGCAGCGCUUGUAUUCAUCAAAGCACCGGGACUCGAGCAUUGACCUGACCGAAGGCCGCCCGACGAGUAUCUUCCUCCAGGCUUGGGUGCUGUGGAAAAAGCGGAUGCUGGUCGCGCGCAGAGGAUGGGUCGUGCCGUUUCUUGCGGCCGUGUUGGCGAUAGGAGGAGCGUGCAUCCCACUUUUUUUCAUCCACAACCGACAGAACCGGUGUAUUCGAAAUGAACAUGAAGAUAUGCGAUACAGUCUGUUCUUGCCCAUCUCGCCGUUUGCGUGGAACGAAACCGGGCGGACACAUGAAUGCGUUCGAUACCGCGAUCGAAGCUACGUAUCCGUACAUCGAUACGGCGGAAUCUCGAUCCUUCCGGACAACACGACGACGUUUGCCUGGGAGGCUUCGCCGGGGAACAUUGCGGGGAACGUCAUGCUCAACUUGGCCUCGAACACGAUGUUCAAUAUCGCCUUGAACGAGUCGAGGAGGGCUAUUGGCUACGGGCCAAAGAUUAACGGUGAGAUCCAGCCGAUGCCGUCGAUUACUCCUCGCGGAAUCGGGCCUGCGAUCAAGUGGAUCGCGUUUUUUGGAAGUAGUAUGGCUGCCUGGCCUGCGAUGGCUGCUUUGUAUGUGACCAAGGAACGGGCGUCUCAUGUACAGGCUAUGCAACUCUCGAAUGGAUCACGCCGGCUGGGAUGUGGAUUGGCAUUUGUUGUACGAGAUCCCUAUUAUUCUUGCUAUCUCAGGAGCUAUUACUGGUAUUUUGCGUCUACUGGGCAGUUUUUUAAUUUGGAGCUUUUGUUCCUUGUUAUCGUUCUUUAUGGAAUCGACGCUACCCUUCUUUCUUUUGUAGCCAGUUUGUUUAUUCGUUCUCCAAUUGCUGCAUUCGCUAUUAUUGCUGGCUAUCAAUGUAUCACGUUUCUGGGCUAUUUGGCAGGUGUAUUUUACACUUUGGCUACAAUUUUUUCAUAUACGGCAGGGAAUAUCUUGACUACUAUGCACUAUCUUAUUGCAAUCAUUUCUCCGGUCGCGAGCGUCGUGAGGGCAGGAUUCAUAGGCACAAACAUAUUUUACACUCUUUGCUCGGACCACGGAAAUCUUGAUUCUGGUUCAGACCUCGCCUUUUUGAUUUGGUACGACUCGGGAAUGCCUUGGUACCUCGUGAAUGGUACAAGCCCACAAAGGACUACUCAGAAUUCGGACGGGAUGCCCCGUAUGACGUACAAGGCGGCCCGUGUGGCUCGAUCUUUUGAUAGCCUUCGCAUUAGCCAUGCGUCCAAGACGUACGGAAAGACACAAGCACUCGAGGAUGUUACGUUUGGAUUAUCGUCUGGAAUCUUUGGAUUACUUGGGAGCAAUGGUGGAGGUAAAACUACCCUAUUCAACCUCAUUCAAGGACAUCUUCUCCCAGACCACACCGAUCCAGCUUGUAACGUUUUCAUCGAUGGCAGAUCGAUCAUUACCAGUCGCAACAAGGCGCGAACACGUUUGGGUGUGUGCCCACAGGCGACGGCCCUCGAAUCUGUGUUGACUGUGCGCGAGCAUUUGGAGAUGUAUGCGCGCUGCAAGGGACUCAGUGGUGAGGAUCUGGACCGAAAUGUCGAAUGUAUUAUGGCUGCGACCCAACUCUUGCCCCAUUCGCACAAGUAUGCGAAUAAACUAUCAGGCGGGAAUCAGCGCAAAUUAUCCUUGGCGAUCGCACUUUUGGGAAGUCCAGCUGUCGUGCUCAUCGACGAAUUCUCCACUGGCGUGGAUCCAUCGACUAAACGAGACUUGUGGGAUACUCUUCGACGAGUUUCCAUGGGGAAGGCGGUGCUCCUGACGACUCACGCAAUGGAAGAGGUCACAGCGCUCGCAGAUCGUAUCGGCAUAAUCUCGCAGCGUCUUCUAGCUAUUGGAACCAUCGAAGAUCUCGUCAGCCGAUACCCCCUAUACGAGGUUCACUUUUCUAGCUCAACUCCAGGAGAAGAAGCCAGAAUGCGCGAGGUCAUGCGAGACUUCCCAUCGAACUGGCGAGCAUCGGAUGAUCUCACCGCCCGUUACGAGGUGGAACUCGAACCGGCCAGUCGCUUGCGGAUAUUUUCGAGAUUCUUCACGAAAACUUGGGUUGUAGUCACUUUCGGACUUUGUGAUCUCUGGUCCUCUAUCCUCGACUCCAUCUCAUCAUCUAGAGCUAUCCCUUCAAAGAAUGUUAUCGUCCUGGGAGAACCUCAGUCGGGCAAAUCGACGUUAGCCCAGCAUCUACUGCAAAAGAAGGAUAAUAGCGACGCGAAUGGUAAAGACGCGGAUUUCGCGCUAGGGUAUGACUGGGCGGACGUACGGGACGAAGGGGAUGAGGAUACACUUGCGCGGCUGUCGGUCUAUACCGUACCCUCUUCGGCCCCAGCGCAUCUUUCAUUGCUUCCACACUUCCUUCCUCCUAAAAUGAGUAUUACAAACACACUUGUCAUGAUUGUCUUGGACUGGACUAAACCCUGGAGUUUUAUGGACCAACUUGAGACUUGGAUGGAGUGGGUGAAUACCUGGGUUAAAGGAGAUGGGGCUCGUGAACUAGAAGUCGCACGCGAGGAAGGCAGGGAGCGACUCCAGGCUCAUCUGCAACAUUACACAGAGCCGGCAAACCCGGGGGAUGAUGCCUCUGUUCCCAUAGACGGAACCGAGGACAGUGUAGGUCUUGGGAUGGUGAAAGGGAAAGGGGGCGAGUGGGAGGAGCGCACAGAUGGCAUUAUGCAGGUGUUGAGAACUAUUUGCCUAAAGUACGGGGCUGCAUUAUUUUACACCACCACACAACCAGCAGUUCUUUCGGUGCUACGCUCAUACGUUUUACAUUUCCUCUUCAUGGCUCCGUUUGUUCAACCUGGAGAAACUGCCAUACCUCACAAGAACCCUUUCCCAUUUAAUAGUCGUCCUAACACUCUUGACCGAGACCGAAUUGUCGUCCCCGCUGGAUGGGAUUCCUGGGGGAAGAUUGGCGUCCUGCGUGAUGGGUUCGACGCACAGCGCUGGGGCGAAGCAUGGGACAAAGAUUGGAGGAAGGUGUAG